CCUAGGCAGUCAAAAUUCGACCCGUCAGCCGGAGACCAAUCACACACAACCUGCUCUGGUUUUCGAGUUUUUCGUAAAUGAAUUCAACGAAAUUUGCCUUAUUCUCUGUCCCCUAGUAAAUUGGAAGCUCAUUUUUUCAUUUGGCCGUAUUCUAUGAGGAGUGUUAAUUCGUGCGACCGACAAGAUAAUAAUUAUUGUGAUGUUGCAAACCGAGGGUAAAACCAACUAGAAGUUUUUACACUAAUCGUGCACCUUGUGGCAUUGGUGCACUCCAGAAAAAUGUCAAUCUCGUGGUCAGGAGGUACAACUGGCAGCGAGCCUGCAAUUAAGUUUCUCCAGCAGCUUGAAAAUGACCUCAGAAACUUGUCCAUUGAACUCAAAAAGAAAUAUCCCAACCCCCGAGAGUCUUGCGAAGAAGGCAUCGUCAAGCUGCGAAAUGCGAUGUCAAACCCGCAGACGCCCGUGCACUACGUGGUCAACCAGAUCAUGUUCCCCGUGCAGGAGGCGUGCAAGACUAAAGAUCCUCGGGUGGUGCGUCUGGGCGUCGGCGUCAUCCAGCGGCUGGUCACCCAGCAGGUCGUGGACCUUAAGUGCGCCGCACACAUCACUGACACGCUCUGGGGCCUAAUGGAGGCCGGCGUCGAGGAGGUCAAGGUGCUGCAGACCGUCACUUUGCUUCUCACCACCAAUGCGGUCGUCCACGGAGACACGCUUGCCAGGAACCUGGUGUUGUGUUUCCGACUACACUUUGCAAAAGACUCAACCACAAUCAAUACAGCCGGUGCGACAGUUCGACAACUGAUUUCGCUGGUGUUCGAACGAGUCGUUGCCGAAGACAACGAAUCAAAACCGGUGGACAAAACGCUCUCCAACUUGGAGGAGCUCAAAGUGUUAAGCAGCUCCCCGCCAAAGGGCCUCAGACCUUGUGCCGCUGACGCCUACUUAAUGUUUCAGGAUUUAGUGCAGCUUGUGAAUGCCGACCAGCCAUACUGGUUGAUCGGUAUGACUGAGAUGACGCGAACGUUUGGUCUCGAACUUCUAGAAUCGGUUCUCAAUCAUUUUUCAUCCGUGUUUUUCGAUCAUCCUGAGUUCAGCUUUCUAUUGAAGGAGCGAGUCUGUGCUUUGGUGAUCAAACUGUUUUCGCCUAACAUCAAAUACAGGAACUCUGUGCCAGCGAGCGUUCAGCAGGCUUCUUCGCUGGACAAGCCCUAUUUUCCAAUCAGCAUGAGACUGUUAAGGGUUGUUUCCAUUUUGAUACAGAAGUACCAUUGCCUACUGGUGACUGAGUGCGAAAUAUUCCUCUCGCUAAUCGUCAAAUUCCUGGACCCGGACAAACCCUGUUGGCAGCGAUCACUCGCGCUUGAGGUGCUGCACAAACUGUGCGUGCAGCCCAUGCUACUCGAGUCCUUCUGCGAGUGCUACGACCUCAAGGCGCACGCAACCAAAAUCUUCAGGGACAUAGUCAAUUCUCUAGGCGCCUUUGUCCAGUCACUAUUUGUCCACCCACAACUGAAUCCAGCCCCGAAAACACCCAUCGAACAGUCGCCGGCUCUUCUUGCAGGCAUGCCGGUUGGGCCAGGGGUCACUCCGCAGCCCGGAUUCUACCUCAGGGGCGUGUGGCUGCCCCUGGCCGCAACUUUUGUACCUGGUCAAGCCAAGUCUACUUAUUUGGACAUGCUUGAUCGAAUCGAGCCGCCUGGCAUUCCCGAGGGAUACGGCAUCUCUGUUGCUUAUGCUGCACUGCUGGACGUAAUACGGUCAAUAUCAUUAGCAAUCAACGGCCCAUCCAAGGUCGAAAAUGCCGAGGAAGAAAAGGCGGCGAGCACGGAAGAGUCGGAAAAGCAUAAAAGCAAAGCUGUGCACGCUCAGCUAAUCAACUCGAGUUGGUGUGGUCUUUUGGCGGCUUUGAGCCCUCUUCUAGAAGCUAGCACUGAUGAAAUUAUAAUGGAGAACGUGCUGCAGUCGAUGCAAACCUUCAGCAGUUUGUGCGGCCAGCUUGAAAUCAACACUGCCAGAGAUGCGUUCAUCACGGCCAUCUGCAAAGCGUCUCUGCCUCCACACUACGCACUCAGCAUGUUAAACAUAGUCACUCCCUCGCUGAAUAGAAGUCAUCCACAUGAUGGACACGACUCAAACAUGCAAUACAACUUGAACGCGUUCAGCGAGAACGACUUUCGGCAGCAGGUGGUGGCGGUGGGAACUCCUCUGCCGUCCGUCUCUUGGCCAGCAGGUGCGCAGCAAGGACCUGUGAUGCUCACCUCCAAGAACCUGCAGUGCAUGCGAGCUCUCCUCAGUUUGGCCCACUGCCACGGCUCCAUCCUCGGCGCCUCCUGGUACCUCAUUCUGACCACGCUGCAGCAUUUGGUGUGGAUCCUGGGCUUGAAGCCUUCGACAGGAGGCAGUUUGAAGGCCGGCCGCAGCACCGCCGACUCGAAUGCGGUGAUAACCACUGCCGUGAUGGCUGACUUGCCUGUCCUCUCGGCAAUGUUGAGUCGGUUAUUUGAGUCAAGUCAGUACUUGGAUGAAGUGGCACUGCACCACUUGGUGGACGCUCUGUGCAAGCUGUCGCGAGAGGCGAUGGAGCUCGCCUACUCAAACAGGGAACCUUCCCUCUUUGCGGUGGCCAAACUGCUGGAAACCGGAUUGGUCAACUUGCCGCGGGUCGAGGUGCUAUGGCGGCCACUGACCAACCACUUGCUAGAAGUUUGCCACCACCCUCACAUUAGAAUGCGCGAGUGGGGAGUGGAGGCAGUCACUUACCUGGUCAAAGCAGCCCUGCUACACAAAUACAAACCACCUUUGAAAGACAAUAAGAAACUGCAAACAUUACUUUUGAGCCCGCUGGCAGAGUUGUCCGCGGUUCCUCACACCCACGGUGAUGUUCGACAAAAACAGCUGGAAUGCGUUUUACAAAUCUUGCACAGUUCUGGUGAGAUUCUGUCUCACGGCUGGCCUCUAGUCCUUGGAAUAAUUGGUGCUGUCAACGACCAGCAAGGGGAAGUGUUGAUCCGGCUAGCAUUCCAGUGCCUGCAGCUGGUGAUCACAGAUUUUUUGCCCGUAAUGCCGUGGCGGUGUUUACCCCUCUGCGUCGACACUGCCGUUAAGUUUGGCUUCCAGACGCAAGAGCUUAACAUUUCUCUAACAGCUGUCGGACUUAUGUGGAACAUUUCCGACUACUUUUAUCAGAACCAGGACAAGCUCUCCAGUUCGUUGAAUAGUGAGGAGGCAAUUUUCCCCGAGUUUCCAGGAACUCCCAAUAUGCCGCCGUUUGACAAACUGUGGAUGUGCCUCUACGCCAGAUUAGGUGACCUUUGCGUUGAUCCUCGACCUUCAGUGCGAAAAUCAGCCGGGCAAACCCUCUUCUCGACCCUCAGCGCGCACGGCGUGCUGUUGAGGCAACCGACCCUGCACGCCGUGUUGUGGCAAGUGCUGUUCCCCCUGCUGGACAAGGUGCGCAGCCUCUCCAGCUCAGCCAGCAGCGAAAAGGUUGACCCUGGUGGCAACAUUCUUAUUCACCAUUCCAGAAACACUGCCCAAAAACAGUGGGCAGAAACUCAGGUGAUGACUCUCUCCAACGUUGUCCGUGUUUUCAACUCGAAACGGCAGCUUCUACAGUCGGCAGGGGAUUUUACCGACGCGUGGUCACUUUUGCUCGGAUUCAUCGAGUAUUCGUCACUCAACAAAAAUAAUGAGGUUUCGUUAUCAGGCCUGAAGUGUCUGCAAGAGAUGCUGUACCAAGGCAAAGGCCUAGAAGACGGAGCCACAGAAGGCCCGCCGACCCAGUGGGGCCCACUGUGGGCCGCGGCGUGGACCUCGUGGCUGCGCAUUGGCGAGGAGAGCACGUUCCCGCCACCAGAAAACGAGGAGGAUGUGUACGUGCCAACGCAAGCCUUCCUGGCCGCGCUGGUGCAGACGCUGCCGGCGCUGCUGCCGCACGCGGGCCUUGACAGGCCCGAACAGGCCCAGCUAGGCCGGCUGCUCAAGGUGCUGCAUCAGGCGGUGGCAGUCCCCUCGCAAGAGUACCCACCCUUCCAGAUGCUGACCAACGAGUCAGCGCUCUCGCCGCUGCAGGAUGCGGUCAUCAGUACCCUCACCACCUUGCAAAGUGACGCUUUGAUUGACAAUGCCCACAUGGAAAGCAUGCUGUCGGAAAUUUUCCAGCAGCUGCUGACUUUCGUCAAGUUUGCCUGCGUGGCCCCGCAGUAUGGCAAUCUUCAGAUUAAAAGCAACUGCCAAAUGGGGCCUGAGUGGGGUGCCGUCAACUAUGUGCCCUUUGGCGAGAAAUGUCUCAGCAUGGCAGUGAAACUGUUUCUGAAAACUGCCGAGGAAGAGACGGUCAUCAAGAACCAGACUUUGCAAAACAUCCUGGAGUCGCUGCGGGUGCCUUUGUCGAUGAAGUACUCAUGUCCAUCGCAAACCACAUGGAAGGCGGCCAUCACCAAGUUGCUAGGAGUUCUGCACGUCGGCCUGCCGAUCGCGAGGAGGAGGCCGGAGCACCACAAAACCAUGUGGCCCGUCCUCGCGGAAACCCUGGACCUGUUUCUGUUUCCCAAAGUCAGGGCGCCACCUCCAAGCAGGGGACUCGAAGAAAUCGAAACGGAUGAAGCGGUCGACUGCCAAGUGAUCGAGCAGCUCCGAGACGAGGUGCUUCCUCACGCCCACGCCAUUCCCAAGGAGUUUGUCUUGAAGGUGGUUGUGCUCCUCAACAAAGGGUCCAUUCACUCUGCAACGCACACAUCAUCAACAGAUUACGACUGUGAACGGAAACUGCGAGAGGAGUUUGCGAAGAUCUGCUUUGAGACGUUGCUGCAAUUUUCGCUGCUGGACAAUAACGACCUCGACACAAAGGAGGAAGGUGGAGUUGCGGGUCGACUGGCGGUGACGGCGUUGCUGCUCCGGUUCCAAGACGUGCUCAAGCAGUACGUCGAUGAGGAACGCAGCUCUGGACAGUGUCCCCUUCCUCGUUACAGAUUGGCUGAAGUGUCUUUUGUGCUGAAAGCUGUUGCAACUCUGGUCAUGUCUUUGAAAAAGGCGCCUCCAGGAAAAGUGGACAAGACAGCGUGGGAGCACUUAAUCGGCCUGUACCCUUACCUAGUAAACUGCACGUCGGCGUCGUCUUCGCCCAGCGUUCUUUUGUCCCUGAGGGAAGCCCUUCUGCAGUUCACCGACCUCAUCCAGCCACCUUCGUCGCAUUGACCCGCCGGCAAUCAACAGACUCGAUCGCUUCUAAAAUAUUCCUCUUCAUUUUUGUGAUUAUUUCUUCCUUCGAUUAUACUGCGCACGAUUCCAGUGCUGAAUGAGAUAUCACACCACAAUUCCACUUUUAGCUCUUAAGAUACGUGCGCGCUGGUGUUUUCACCAAGCAGGAGACUUAAUUAUUUUUGUUGAUCGAUUAUUACUUAGUUGUUUUCUUGCAUAUAUAUUUUGUAUGUUGAUUGGCUUUGUUGUUGCAGCUGAAUGAGUUUUUAAUGUGUUUGAUUGUUUCUCCGCGGACGCCAAUAAAGUAUUUAGAAACGAGUUUUCUAUCACUGAA